AAUGCGGAGUCCGACCUCUGGUGAGAGCCGGCAAAAUCGUCGGCGGCAAAGGCGCCACCUUUGGCGAAUUCCCUUGGCAAGUCCUUGUGAGGGAGUCCACCUGGCUGGGAUUGUUCACGAAAAACAAAUGCGGGGGAGUCUUGAUCAGCCACAAGUACGUGAUGACGGCAGCUCAUUGCCAGCCGGGAUUCCUUGCUUCACUGGUUGCAGUUUUCGGCGAAUUCGACAUUUCGGGAGAUUUGGAGAAGAAGAGGCCCAUCAGCAGGAAUGUCAAGAGGGUUAUCGUGCACAGGCAGUACGACGCGCAAACUUUCGAAAACGAUUUGGCUCUGCUGGAGCUGGAACAACCUGUGCAGUUUGAUACACAUAUAAGUGAGUAG